AUGCUGACUUCGUGUCCAGCGCCAACGCGCAUCGCGGGGACCGGUUUCCCUGCUAGCGCUCUGCCCGGUGGAGACCAUACUACCCUGGACGGAACCAACUGGGGUGGAAUUAUCCUCGAAGACAUUGUCGAAAGUUGCGUGUCGGGAUGGACCAAUAACAACUACCAGAACGGUUACCCCCGCCCUGAUUUCAAUACCAUCGUGGACAGCUUCGGCGGGGAUGUCCCUAGCGUCCGAACUCCUGGAUUCAUGAGUUUGCCGGUGUGUACAAAUGCCAGCGCCAUCAUUGACACAAUGCAACUGGGCAAUGGAGACUCGCCCUACUGGCCCUGUGAAGACCCUGAGGGAUACACUGCCAGUGGUACCAACAUUCAUGUUAGCAGCGGUUGUAUUUUGAUUAAUGAUUCAAAGCGCUGCCAGACCUGGGGUGGAGCCUAUAACGUCGCGGAUCAGAAUACUGCUAGUAGCACCGCUACCAUCUAUGCCAUGUUCGACGGUAACAAUAAUCUGAAUGCUAAAGUGAUUCCUGGUUGCAAGAUCAUGGCAUCAUGGCCUCGUAGCUAUGGUGAUCUGGACUUCACCGAUAACUGUCUCAAGGACCGCAGUGGAGACUAUAGCAGUGCUGCACCGACAGCACAACCACCACUGAUGUUGUCGACAAUCCAUAUGCUCCUUGAUAAGACGGCGAGUCAAAACGUGGAUGCAUCUUUGAGAUCAACAUUCAGAUGGAAUCCAUUCAAUUCCUGA